AUGAAGUGCAAGAAGAUGCUAGAGGAGUUGAAUGUCAAGCUAUCUCUCAUGGACGCAAUUCAGAUGAUUCCUUCAAUGUGCAGUCUUGUGAAGAGACUGAUCUCUGGGAAGACCUCUGCAGAUAGCGAUAUCAUGAUGGUCUCAAAAGAAUGCAGCGCAGUCCUUCAAAACAUGACAGUCAGGAAAUUGGAAGAUCCUGGAAAAUUUGUCCUCUCGGUUCAGAUUGGAAAAACAGUUUUCGCUUGUUCAUUAUGUGAUUUAGGUUCUAGUGUGAAUCUCAUGCCCUACUCAGUUGUAAAACGCAUGGGACUAACCAACUUCAAGCCAACCAGGAUUUUAUUGGUGUUCGCAGACAGAUUAGUCAAGUUGCCAGUAGGUGUUCUCGAAGACCUGCAAGUUCAAAUAGGCAACAACACUGUUCUGGCGGAUUUCGUGGUUCUGGAGCUCGAAGAUGAACCAAAAGACCAUCUCAUUCUGGGUCGACCCUUCUUAUGCACAGCUGGUGCAAUCAUUGAUGUGCGCAAUGGGAGGAUCGAUCUCCAACUAGGAGAUAUUGUGAUGAAGUCUGAGAUGGACGAGCUGCUCAAACGACCUAUGCUAGAUGGUCAAAACUUCUUGAUUGACGACGAGAACGCCGCAUUGACCCCUCAACAAGGGAUGAUUGAAGAAAUCCUAGCGGAUGAUCCUUUAGAAGUGGCUCUGAUACGAGCCGAGUCUGAGCAGAACACGUGCAACGUUGAUGCUGAUGGGUACGAGAAGAUGCUUGAUUCGGGUAAAAGCGUUGAGAAGAUGGUCGCUUUCCUAAGUCUGGGGGAGACGAGCAAUCAUGUUCCACCAGAAGGAGCAACUGCUCCUAAAUGA